UACUCCGUAACUUUCUCUUCUUUUUUUGCUUGUCUUCUUCUCUGUCGGGAUCGCACACGCCUUUCCACGAACCUGGAAUCGAGCCAAAACCAUCAUCUUUGAAGCUCUUGCUCUUGGGCCAGACGCUGGUGUCGAUUACUCCGAUGACAAUACCGCUCUCAUAUGCGGCCAAUCCAAACAAUAAGUAAUCCAAUUCAAGUCUCAAAAACAAUGGGGUUCUUGUUGUGUGGAGCAUGUACUUCCUCUCCAGCCGCACAGACAAAACUCUAGCCUGAUUUUCAAGAAAAAGAGCUUCGUCCGCUGUGAGCUUGGCUGAGGAGCUAUCCCGGCUGCAAGAGGAGGAGGAGGGGUGACGGCAUAAAGCCAGCCGCCUCCCUCACAGCAAGAGGCUGACUUUAUCCACGACGGCCUCAUUCUCAAGGAGCGAGAGCAGGAGGAGGAGGGAUGUCCGAGCAUGAAAUAUCUUCCCUGAAAAGAGGGCCGUUUGCCAGAGCGGUGGAGGAGCUCUGCAGUAUCUGCCUGGACGAGUUCCGUUGCGGGUCGUUGGUGGUUAUUACCCUGCCGCCGCCGUGCGACCAGGUGUUCUACAGCCGCUGUAUCGCCAGGUGGCUGCACAGGAACAGGACGUGCCCAGUCUUGCCUUUCUUGAGAUUGGAAUUUGGAAAUUCCCUAAAAUUAGAGAUUCUCAUCUUCUUGUUGUGGGAGUGGAUUGCAGCGGCGGUUGCUCCCGUCACUGCGACGAAGGUGGCUUCUAGAGAUUGAGGAUGGCAAGUACUCUAGACAAUCAGCGGCGGCACCUCUUCAGAGUUUCCAGAGGAGAUUUCACUGGAGACAACAACUCGUGAAUCUGUCUUCUUAAUUUAAUUAAGGUGAUUACGUGGACAUCUAUCGCUAAAUUAUUCAUAUAAGUUUGAAAUUCACGUUCAUGAUCUUGUAUGAUCGAUUAUGUGUAAGUUUAUAAUUGUUUGGGAGAAUAAGUUAUGGGUUUGUUC